ACGCGAGGCAGCCACAUGGCCUAUCGCGCUCGGAAACUAACGCGACCGCCGGUUACCGCGGAAAAUAUAGCUAUAAUUCAACAGCAGAUUGAAACUGAGUUAUCGUCACAGAAUGGACGACCGAACGUCCUGAACGGGCGUGUGAAAUCUAGCUGCGCGGGUAGCGGGAGUUCUGGUAGUGUUAAAGAUGUCAAGUAUGAGUUUCAGUAUGUUGGAAAUGACACGGAGAGAAGUGACAACUAUAUGUACAGCUUCAAAGCUUUCCCAGUGCGUAAACGUGAUUUCGAAUCAGGACGUUCUAAUUCCAGGGAGCUUGAUUUUGAAUCAAGUAUAUCGAAUUUGAACUUAAACGAUGGUGUUGUUGGUGAUGAAGACGACGCAAAAGUACCUCCUCGUGUCCAGUCAGCGAAAUUGGAAAGAAAGGCUGCACCUGUGUCCGCUAUAUCCAGGCCUAAAUCUGCUACAGAUGGAGUCAGUUGCACAGGUAGCCAUCAUGUAACAAUAUAUGAAGGAGUUGGUAAUUCGCAUGAUAUCAAGCCAAUAGCUGGUAUUUUGAAGCAUAGAGAUGGACAGAUUGUGACUAAUUUGAGGAAUAGAAAAGUCAGUACCGUUAGUAAAUCUUCCAGCCAUGUGCAUUUACGCGAGUCAGGACCAGCUCGGAAAGUGAGUACAAUGAGUAGGGCGAGUAGAAUAUCAAAACAGGACGAUGACUGUGAAACUUCUCAAAGAAAAAUAAGCACAAUGAGUGGAUUAUCUCACCAUGGUACAGAAUCUCAGGACAACGGUCGAACCUCGCGGCAGUCCGUAUUUGAGAAGAGAAAAUCAGUGUGCUACGACCCUGUGUUAGAAAAGGCUACGGCGUUUAUACACAGGAGUGGAAAGAAUUUUAGUCAAGCAAAUACUACCCUGUCUGGUAUGCAAAACUUACAAAUGAGUUACACGGAAACGAAUCUGGAAACUAACCAGAGUUUGAUAUUCUUAGACCUUUUAAAAACAUCUUCUAUGAAGUCCCACAUUCGAGGUUCACAGAUUAGGUCGAUUGAGCGUAGACUGGAAUGGAAACGGAAGAAUCCGCUAUACUCGACAACUUUCUACGAACACAAGCACGUGCCGGACCCGUACCGCAGGGGUGUCAAGAAAACGGCCCGCUCCGCCGCCCAGAAAAAGCUGGAACGGAAGGAGAAAAUCAAGCAGCUGUCGGACGAGAUUCAUACCGGAUAUGUGCCAACGCAGUUCACCAUGAAGAUCGCGGACCGGCCGGAAGUGGUGGACAUUGGCCGGAACUGUCGCUACCUCCGCAGUCGGAUACCUUCACCGGAUAUUCCCGAGGUUUCAACGCCAGAGACAAGCAUUCCGGUGGACUAAUCUCUAACACGGUUUCUCCAAUAUGCCGGAAGUUGUUCAUAUGAAUUAUAAAGAGUCAGUUUAAUUACAGUCAAACCCCGUUGGCUCGAACUCCCAGGGACCUGUGAACAUACCCCGAGCCCAAGAAAAUUCGAGACAAGUGGGAAUCUUUACCUUCAGUA